AUGGAGUCGCCUCCGGCUCAGUCGACGCAGACUGGAGAGAGCGCCCUCGAUUUCAACGUCGACGGACCGACCAGUUCGCCCUUCGUUUCCCACGUCGAGACCAGCCGCGUGGUCAGUCAGCAGCACGAGUCGCGCAUGGAGAAGACGACAGAAGAGCACACGAUGGACAUAUUCGCGACGCCCGUGAAGUCGAGACACGCUUCAUUCGAGAAGGUAGAGGAGGACAAGGAAAACAUUCCGGAUACGAACGACUCAAGCAGAAAGCUACCCUUCUCGCCGAAGAGGCUGGCAACACCAGAGCAACAUCCACUUGCUCGGAGCUCGUCGCCUGCAAUUGAAGCGAGGAGAAAUAGCAAGGACUCGGAUCUGAUGCCUCCGCCGCCUUCGACGUGCAAGCCUCAGACACCCAGCAGACGGUCGCCGCACAAAUCUUCGCACAGCGUCUCAAAUACCCCACGCGCAACGAUCUCUCGGAGUAACACGCUGCAACGCGUGCAGGCUUCAUUCUCGCAGUCUUCGACCUCUUUCAAAGCUGGCUUGGACUUCCGCGCAUCACAACUACGACCUGAAGACACGACUACGACAUCUGGCAUGGAUGACACAUGCUUUAGCGCGUUCUCAGAAGUCCCCGAGCUCACGACAUGGGCAAGAAUGGAACAGAGCCCAACGAAACGCGGAGAAACGUUGCGCACACCAGGCAAGGCUACUGAAGCUACACCUCGCAAGACGCGUAAGCGCACGUCGCCCUCAAGAUCUCCCUCGCCGACUCCACGUAGACAGAAGACGCCUGCGAAUCACGACGGCACUACGUUCCUCAUUGACUUCACUCAACAAAUGGAAGGCCUCGCCGGCCAAGGCAUGCGCACCCCUAACAAGCACCACACUCAGCCGGAUCUGCUCAAGUAUAUGAACGAUCAGCGCUCACCGCACAGGCCCACACGCCAAAGCUACGCAACGCCAGCCAAGCAGAACAAUAUUUUGAACUUGCUGGACUUCGAGCUUCCACCAGCUCCGACCCCAAGAUCUGUACCUACCAUCACGGUGCGCGAGCUAGAAUCGCUAAAGUCCUCUUACCUUUCCCAGAUCUCAUCUCUUAAGGCUACUUUGAGCGGCCGGGAGGCAGAGGUGGAAAGCCUCAAGCGCGCCGUAAACGAUGCAGAGCGCCGUGUAGGCGAAGCUCAAGAGACGCUUCGCGAGGAAAAGAACCGGCGUGAGUACGCCGAGCAAGAAAAAGCUGGCUGGGAGAAGCGCGGGCAUGAAGUCGAACAUGUUCUCAAGAGCGUGAAGGAAGAAGUGCUCAAAGGCGAAGCUGAGAAAGAAGAUCUCAUGCGCAAGAUGGACGAAUCUGAGAAGCGCGCUGAAGAUGCGGAAGCCCGUGCCAUUAGGGCCGAAGAGCGGUUUGCUGAUGCCUUGGCUGCUCGUGCUGAGGGCUGCAAUGGUGGCGAUGGAUCGGCUUCCGAGGAACAAGUACAGCGUCUUGUUGCCGCGCAGAUCGAUGCGAAGAUUGAGGCUGUGAGUCGCGAGCUGCAUACCGUAUACAAGGAGAAGCACGAGCGUAAGGUCGCGACGCUCAAGAAGAGCUAUGAAGCCCGCUCCGAGAGGAAAUGCGCAGAUUUGCAGCAAAGGCUCGCGGAGCUCGAGAAGCAGAAUGAGGAGCUCAUCUCGGCCAAGGACGCGACGUUUUCUGGUUCGGUACCCGAUACCACCUCUAUCGAGAUCGAAGCCGAUCUCAAAGCUCAGAUCGAAGAGCAGAAGGCUCAUCUCGCUAGAUUGGAGAACGAAAUGCAGACUUCACAACAGCAGCAGGAACAGUUGAUGCGAGAGCUGCAGCAGGAGCGGAUUGAAAAAGGUGAUCUGGUCGCUGCUGUGGAUGAGAUGCUUGCUUUGCAGACUGAGCAGGGACCUUCGCAGGGUGCCAUGAGUGUUGUGGAGGACUUCAGGAGAAGCAUUAGCAGGCCUCCGUCUGGUCUUCGCGCUCCUGGCAGUGGAUUGCCAGCUCCGAGUGAGAGCCGGAUCGGUAGAGGUGGACCGAAUGGUCUCAGCCGCAACCGCAGCAAUGGGGGAGCUGGUGGAAAGGGAUCGUUGUUGGCGAACAUUGAGCGCAUGGGACGUGCUGGCGGUUCGGCCCAAGAGUAG